UUCAAUAUAAUAUUGUAGGUGCAUGCAUCUUGAUUUUAUUAUUGAGAUAGAUGGAGAAAGAGAAAGAAGAUGCAUCCCACAUAACAGUUCCUAUCACCAAUCCAUCAACCCAGGACAACAUAUCAAGACCACUGUAUCCAACUUUUUCAAAUUUCAUGCCAAGUUACUACGGUCCAGUGCCUCAUGCGUGGUUACCACCUUUUGUACCUCCUCCAAGCGCCUACCCAUAUCCAUGGAGCAACCAGCAACACCCAUAGAACUCUACCUCCGCUGCCGCGUCAAGUAUUGCUGCCUUGAGUAGCCUGGGUGUCGCGUCAAGUAGUGCUGCCUUGAGUAGUUCUGGUGCCGCGUCAAGUACUGCUGCCUUGUAUAGUUCUGUUAUACCAAUGAUGAGACCUCCUUCAAUUACCUACCCAUAUCCAUGGAGCAGCCAGCAACAUCCAUGGAUCUCUACUUCCGCUCCCACAUCUAGUUCCGCAAGUAGUGUCAACUCUAGUGUAGCUGCCAGUUCUAGUGUACAAACCAGCGCUAGUGUCGCUGCUAGCUCUUGUUCGGCUUUACCAGCAGUCGUUCCUCCAACUUCUACCAACCCAUAUCCAUGUGCCAGUGAGGAAAAUAAAGUGCAGCAAAGUAACUCUGUUGAAGAAAUUAGUGAGGCCGCAUCAGACUCAAUAGAAGUUGAAGCGCAGUCUACUGCCUCUGUGGGUAAUAUGGUUGAUACGAACGAGACUGGCACUGAUGGGGGUGAUAUCACUAAGGAGCCAAAGCCAGGGAUGUGUUUUGAGUCAGAGACUGAGUUGAUGAAUUAUUAUAAACAUUACGGAAAGCAAUGUGGUUUUCCAGUAAUGACACAAAGGAGUAAAAGAGAGAAAGAUGGGACUGUGAAAUAUGUCACUAUGGGAUAUGCUCGGGGUGGCAAGGCAUGGAAUAGGUCGUCAAACGUCUCCAAGCCUCAGCCAACAAGCAAGACAGAUUGCAAGACAAUGAUGAAUGUCAUGUUAAAGGAUGGGAAGCUGUGUGUGACAUCCGUAUUUAACACACACAAUCAUGGGCUCAGUCUAAAAAAAUUCAGGUUUUUCAGAUGCAACAGAGAAGUUAAUGAGUCUGUUAGGAGGGUGUUGGAUACUAAUGAUGAGGCUGGCAUACGGAUGAAUAAGAGUUUUCAUGCUCUUGUGAUUGAGGCGGGUGGGUUUGAGAACGUACCAUUUAGAGAAAAAGAUUGUCGUAACUAUAUUGACAAGGCACGACACCUACGUCUUGGUAAAGGUGGUGCUCAAGCGUUGUUUGAGUAUUUUAGAAUGAUGCAAUACAAGAAUGAUGGUUUUUUCAGCCUCAUGGAAUUGGACAAUGAUGAUAGGUUGAAAAGUGUGUUUUGGGCGGACGCCGUCGUAGAGAGGCCUACAACUAUUUUGGAGAUGUGGUAA